CUUCCCCCGCAGAGACAGACGGGCAGUGCUAUCAGCCCCUCUGGGCUGAAAUGGCUUAGAGCGGAUCCUUCGAACUCCUCGCUCCCCGUCGGGGUGGUCUAUGCCUCCGAGAGGCGAAGGUUAAAACAUUUCCACGUUUCCGGUGGGAAACAAACGCAAGAAAAGUAAGGAGGAGAGGGGAGGAGAGAUAGGAGAGAAGAGGAUGUGAAGGAAGGGAAACAACAGGAGCAGAGCGCUAGGUUAAGACGGGAACGACAAGAAGAACCUGUCCGUGGGGUUCCUUCUCGAAGCCGACAUCCCUGCGGAUGGUCUCGACGUCCUGCUACAAAACAACUGGCGAUCAUGGCGCGAGAGGCGGAACGCCUCCACAAUAAUUACCUGCUUUCAACGACCGCCGAUGGGCCAUUGGGGAACAGAACGUCCGAGGCUCUGGGUCGUCGGACGACGGCGCGGCCUCGCCGCGGCCCCCCGUGCGCGCCGCCAGACACCGCGGCACCGCAAGCACGGGCUCACUGGCGUCCCCCCGCCUUCACGCCCGGGAUGGUGCCCGAGGCAGCCGGGCUGCGCCCCGAGCCCGCCCCUUUCAGCUGCUCGCGAUAGCUGCAUAUCUGCUUCUGGGGUCGACCAACCGCCAUGCGACAACGAAGAGGAACAUCCCGAACCCCGUGAUGUAGGCCCCGCGCUGCUUCCUCUUCAGGCGCUGGAUGACCUCCUCCUCGGUCGUGGCUCGCCCGAUCCGGGGGUCGUAGAGGUAUUCGAAGGAGUCCCAAAAAUGGCAGCGAGCCGCCGCCAGCAUUACCCCGGCGAAGAUCCGGACGUACUGGUGCGACGCCUCGUGCGAUGAUGACAGACACCAGCUGCAAGAUCAGCCGCCGGAACGCGUUCGCCGGCACGGGCAGCAGCAGCAGGGUGACGACCGCGACUUCCAAGAGGAGGAAGACAUCCAGCAUGAACCAACCAGGGUCCAUGGCCGCCACAGAUUGGGUGGUGCGCGCAGAAAGUGGGGUGGCGCUUCGACGCCCCACCGCCCCGACCGACUCUGCGCGCCGCCUCUCGGGAUCGCGCGGCACGGCCGGGACCGCCCCUACCGCGCGGCCGUGUCUCGCCCGGCCGCCCGCGCGCCCUCGAGGGGGAGAAACUGGCCGCGGGCCCGCGGAGGGGACGUGUGCCGGCUGCUGCCGCGGGCAGAUGGUGGAGAUGGCCACAGUGCGCGUGCUUGAACGAUUCGCGAUGACGCCCACUGAUUCGCGUUGUCCAACGAUGAGCUAUUUCACGAUUCGCACGGUGUCAAAACGAGUCGCUGUCUUCGAGGACUGGCCGACCUGGAGGCCGAGGCUUCUCUGAGCCAAAGAUUGCCCAUGGAUGGCCCGUGGAAAGGCAAGGGUGUAAGGAGGCCCUCGGCUCUGCGAUCCGCAUGGGCAGCGGAAGCUACGUAAACACAAACGUUCGGAGAACCGCGCCGAAAUUGUUGGAUCGGAGGUUGGACCCCCCCCCCUUUCCUGGCGCGCGGACGCCGCCAGGGGUGCCCAACGCCGACCCAAGACAUCCGCGCGGAUCUCCAGACGCUUCUGCCCACGCCGCUCCUCUGCUGCGGUGCAGGCAUCGUGCUGCCAGAGGAAACGCCAGAGGAGGGGAAGGAGGAGGAGGAGAAGGAGGAGAAGGAGGAGGAGGAGGAGGGAGCAAGGAAUGACCAGGCUUCCCUGGCCACGGACAGCCUCGGCAACGAUCCGGCUCCCCGCAAUUUGACGUGGAGCGCCCCGUCUAUGCCAGGGCCCAUCCUGAGCCCGAAGGUGGUCUGUACUUCGGCGCAUUGGCUGCCUGAGUGUGCCAUUGCUUUGUUCGACCGAGCGAUGGUGGGAAGUGAGAAGGCGAAG